AUGACUCCUGCCCUCUCAGUCCUGCUGUGCCUGGGGCUGUGUCUGUGCAAGAGGACAAGGACCCAGGCAGCAGAUGGACUCCACAAACCCUCCCUCAGGGCAGAGAGUGGCUCUUUGGUGCCCCGAGGAGGAGCUGUGACCCUCAGGUGCAGGGGAUCAUGGGAGGCUGAAGAGUGGAGGCUGGAGAAAAAGGGAGGAUCUGGAUGGUCAGAGAUCAAAACUGUGAGACAAGCUGGAAAUGAGGGCGAGUUUUCCCUCUUAUCUGUGACAUCAUAUGAUGCAGGGACCUACCGAUGCCGCUACAGACAUUCAUCCUAUGGAUGGUCAGAGCGCAGUGACCCCCUGCAGCUGGUGGUGACAGGCCUCUCUGCCCCGCCCUCCCUGGCUGCCCUGCCCAGCUCUGAGGUGGCCUCAGGACAGAACGUGACCCUGCAGUGUCGGUCAGAGCUAUAUCAUGACUGGUGCGUCCUGUGCAAGGAGGGAGAAGAGAUCACUCAAAGCAGGACCCGGAGACAUGGAUGGGGGCAUCAAGCUGACUUCUUCUUCCCUGCUGUGACUCUGACCCAGGAAGGCACUUACCGAUGCUUCGGCUUUUAUAGUUCUUCCCCCUCUCUGUGGUCCUCCCCCAGCGCCCCCCUGCUGCUCCGGGUCUCAGAUGCUGCUGCCCUGGAUUACACUGUGGGCAACCUGGUCCGCCUCACCUUGGCUGGGCUGGUCCUCGUCCUCCUGGGGGUCCUGCUGGCUGAGCACUGCAAAAGCUCCAGAGGGCAUCCGGUCCAGGGAGUCCUUGGCUGAGCCCUCCGGCCAGAGCAGCCCCCGAGACAGAGGAAGGAAGGAAUGAUCAAAACUAUUAAAAAAUCAAAUUUAAAAAUGAAGCCCAGAGCUGCCUAUGUGCCAUGUCUGUGUUAAGCACCAAGAUUCAACUAACAAAAGAGCAAGAGACAGAGACAGAGGGAUGAGAGAAGUAAAGAAUUCCUGGCCUCCCAAGAUUGACAAUGUUUGGAGUAGACAAAGCCUAAAAGAGAGAGAGCCACGAAAAAGAAUUUCAUUCUGGGGAGGUGAGGGGAAGGGCGUAGGAGGAGGGAUAGAUGUGCAAAAUGAUAUAAUAUUGUACAAUGUACUUCAUUGGUAACAUAUUGAAUAUUAGUAAUGUUUUCUUGUGUGUUUAUCAAUUAAACAUUUUUAUAUAUAAGAGAAAA